GGGCCAGCCCGGCGCUCUAACACAAGCUGCCGGCUCCCGCCUGGCUGACGCCGCCGGGGCUGCUGCUGCCGCUGCGCCCUGGCCCCGCCGCGCAGCUGCAGCCCCGCUCCCGGCGCGGCGACACCCCAGGCUUCAUCAGCAGUUUCUUGAUGUUUGGGAAAGUUCUGAGACCCACCCUGUUGGACUACUUGUAACCAGCGCCUAAGACUACAAAGAGGUCUGUGUGGAAGAGUUUUUCCUUGAAGGAAGCAUCCAUCUCAAUAUUGUGGAAAUCCCGUGCAAGCCUUGCAAGGCAGGAGAGUGAUUUGUGCUUCAGCUGACACUCGUGUGUAAUCUCUGCUUCUUAUGCACUCCAGCACCCCUAUCAGUUCCUUGUUCUCCUUCACCAGCCCUGCAGUAAAAAGGCUGCUGGGCUGGAAACAAGGAGAUGAAGAGGAAAAGUGGGCAGAAAAAGCUGUUGAUUCCUUGGUGAAGAAGUUAAAGAAGAAAAAAGGCGCCAUGGAAGAAUUGGAAAGGGCUCUGAGCUGCCCAGGUCAGCCCAGUAAAUGUGUCACCAUCCCACGUUCCUUGGAUGGGCGGUUGCAGGUGUCUCACCGCAAGGGGCUUCCCCACGUCAUUUACUGCAGAGUGUGGCGCUGGCCUGAUUUACAAUCUCACCAUGAGUUGAAACCACUGGAAUGCUGUGAGUUCCCAUUUGGUUCAAAACAGAAAGAAGUGUGCAUUAACCCCUACCAUUACCGGCGGGUGGAAACCCCAGUCCUACCUCCUGUACUCGUUCCAAGACACAGCGAGUUUAACCCUCACCUCAGCCUCCUCGCCAAGUUUCGAAACACUUCUCUGCACAGCGAACCACUGAUGCCGCACAAUGCCACGUACCCUGACUCUUUCCAGCAUCCUCAGUGCACCCCUUUUCCAUCAUCACCCAGCCACAUGUUCUCCCAGUCGCCUAACAGCAUCAGCUACCCCAACUCGCCAGGAAGCUCUUCUGGACCAGGAAGUCCCUAUCAGAUCACGGUGGAAACUCCACCCCCGCCUUACCAUGCAAGAGAACCUCCAGGAAUCCACAAUGGGCGGUCAAUGGAUGCAAUAGCUGAAAGUCAACUGGUGCUGUCUUUGCCCAACGGAAGUAAAUCUGCUGAUGGAGAAGCUGAAAACUUUCGGCCUGUUUGCUAUGAAGAACCCCAACACUGGUGCUCAGUUGCCUACUAUGAACUCAACAACCGAGUAGGGGAGACUUUUCAGGCUUCUUCUCGAAGUAUCCUGAUAGAUGGAUUUACAGAUCCCUCAAAUAACAAAAACAGGUUCUGCCUAGGACUGCUUUCAAAUGUGAACCGCAACUCCACUAUAGAAAAUACCAGGAGACACAUAGGAAAAGGUGUUCAUCUUUACUAUGUUGGUGGGGAAGUUUAUGCUGAAUGUGUCAGUGACAGCAGUAUAUUUGUGCAAAGCCGCAACUGUAACUAUCAGCAUGGUUUCCACCCAGCCACUGUCUGCAAGAUCCCCAGUGGCUGCAGCCUGAAGAUCUUCAACAACCAGCUCUUCGCCCAGCUGCUUGCCCAGUCAGUCAAUCAUGGUUUUGAAGUGGUGUAUGAGCUGACCAAGAUGUGUACUAUAAGAAUGAGCUUUGUUAAAGGCUGGGGAGCAGAGUAUCAUCGCCAAGAUGUUACAAGCACGCCCUGCUGGAUUGAGAUCCACCUGCAUGGACCAUUGCAAUGGCUGGAUAAGGUGCUGACACAGAUGGGCUCACCUCAUAACCCCAUCUCCUCCGUCUCUUAAGAAUCAUCUCUAGAAUUCCCUUAGGGUGGAUGCUAUUGCAGGCAGUGGCUUAUAAGAUUUCUAGUGAACAGAAGCUUCUAUAUGUAGAUGUAUGUAGUUGUAAAUAUAUCUAUAGUGUACUCUACUUUUCUUUUUCAUGCUACAUUUUGUGGUUUCUAGUUACUCUGAUGCCAGUACAAUAAGUUUAGAAAUUCAGGUAUAGCGUAUCUGUUCUCUAGUACAAAACAAGCCAAAUUCCUGCAAAAGUGUCAAACAUUUCCUGUGAACGUCUUCAUUCCCCAGCCAAGCCAGUAAACCAUGCGAAUUCUCAGCACUUUCAUGUGGAUUCAGAAGCCUGGCUGUAGCUGUUCCUAGUAGGUGAAAUUCACCCCUCUGCAGGCAACCAGAGUCAGAUCUCUGCACUGUUUAUACCCAUUUUGCAUCCUAUUUUCGGGUCUAAAAUACGACCUUAGGUGGUACAGAGGACUGUGCAUAGAGAUGACUUUUAGCCAGUGAACUGAAGGACUAAAUUGCAAUUCCAGUCUGUCUCCCUGCUGCAAAGCACGAUGGGACAACAGAUCCUUUGAGAAGCUGAGGUACCCCUGUCUCCCCUAGGAUUUGGCAGGAGGAGAGAACCCUCAGCACGCAUUCAGCACUGAAGCCUUAUCAGAGCAUUCUGGACACGUCUGAGUAGUCUGAUACUGUUAAAACAGUAGUGAAUGGUACUGCUGCACUGAAAAGCAACAAGCUCCUCAGAAAAAGGAAAACAAGAAAGAAAAUUUUAAAUGUAUGCCUGUAAGUUUAGAAACUGAUUAACUUCCAGUGCUUUUUUGCAAAGUACUUACAUAAUUGCAUAUAUACCUGGCAUGUAAACUGAAUCCUAACCAUUAUACAGUAUUGAUGUAGUUUGUUUUAAAGUUAGGACUGUCUGUAGUUAGACUACUGUGCUAUUAUCAAGGGUACGUCUAAAAGGGACUUGAACUGUGAUUCAGAAAAGGGAAAUGAAGUGUGCAUUGAAGAACCGAAUCAUUGCUUUAUCAUUCAUCUUACUAUAGUCUCUGUAAUGGGAACAGGAAGCCCCACACUCACAGGAUGCAACGAGAAGGUGGUGGGAGUCAGAGACGUCCAUCCACCCAUCCACUGUGCUGAGCCAGUCCUCAGGAUCUGACUGUAACGCUCAUGUUUGACAGUGAAGGCUUUCCUGCCAGUCAAUUUGUACAUCCCCAUGGAUGGUUUCUCAUCAUAGAUACAAGCUUCAUAAUUUGCAGUUCUUUUGCCUUGCGUGCAAAGGAUGGUGAGGCAGUAUAAGCCAUGAAUAAGUGAAGAGUGAAUCUAUGUGCAGAGACUUUUUAAAAGCUCCUUGUCUGUGGUCCUUCUGUAAGCAGGAAAACCUAUUGCUCUUUUCUUAUCCAUGCAGCCAGCCUUACAAAGUGCUGUUCACUUGAUGACCUUCUCUGAGGAGACAGGUGAAACUCUCAUUACAUUUUGAUGGUCCCAUUACCUUGCUGAAGAGGUAGAGAUUAUUUCUUUCCAGGCAUAACAGUCCAUGGAAAAUUGUUUUGCUUUAAGGGUCAGACAGAGUGAUAACUUCUCCAAUCUCAUUCCUCCUUAGAACACACCAGAAGUAUCCUGAGGAUAAACAAAAAUACAUUUAACAGAAUGUGGGGUUUUUUUCUUCUCACACAAUAUCUGCUGCCACACAUUUUACUGCAUAAUUAGAAGAGGAUGUCUGAGAUUUUCAGCUACAUUGCAUACGCAAAUCAAAUAACGAUCACUGGCCUGUGUGUUUUAGAUGCUAUGUAAUACCUGUUAUGAGGGGGUAAUUACGAGCAGAGGAAUUGGUAAACUAGCAGGGUUACUUCCUUUGAGUGCACCUUCAGCUGUAUUUGUAGGGCACAGAAGGACAUAAAUGGUCAUUAAAUCUGAGCAGUAAUAGCAAGCUGUAUAGGAAAUUUGUAUAUAUGAAGAACCCUAUUCUGUCACCAUUUGAUGUCAUCAGUGUCAUUGCGGCGCAGGAAAAGCUUUACUGUCUCUUGCACCAAUGAAAUCCAGUAAUAAUGUUACACAGAAAUUCCAGGUGUGCCACUUACUGUUUAGCAGAUCAGAGAGACAUCAGCCUGAGGAAGAGGACAUGUUUCUCAGCUUCCUCUGUCAUCAGUGUCACCAUAUUGAGGUACUGGUAACACAGCUUUUAGCAUGUUUAUUGCCCAGUAGUUGUUGCUCAUCCCUUUGCUUUUGUGGCAGCUAAGGACAGAGACAAUCACCUUCCUACCCAGAAUCUAGCUCUGUCCUUUAUCCUAGAUUCUUCCUUGUCUUUCAGGCUGAAACCUCCUUACAUCCUAAUAUAGAGAGAAGUCUAGAGGUUGCUUUUAGACAUUCCCAGCAUUGUCAUCUUCCUUGCAGAAAGCAAAGGGGUAUUUUCAGAGAUGCAUCUGCUCCUGGGCCACCCCGAAGCCCUGUUUCCUCCCAACGCUGCAGAGGAAAAUUGGAUGGCCAGUGAAGAGAAGCAGGUUCUUCUGGGGCAUCAUUCUUUUCAUCAUAAGCCUGGUAUUUCAAGUAGGUGAAAUACAUUGCACUCUGAGCAUACUUGCAUCUUCCCGUGGAGAGUAAGGGGAACAAAGGUUCACUAGCUGAAAUGUAGACUGUUACAUUGGAUCCCAAAGUAAGUGUGGUGGCUUUCCCAGCCUAGUAACGGUCCUUGCUCAGUAAGUGUCUAAGUUGUUUGAAUGGAAGUUGUUUAAUUCAGAACAGUUUUUCCUUUCCUAUAUGUCUACUUUUAUAGUAAUCCUCAUACAAAUAGGAUUUGGCUUCAGUGCAGUUCACACAUGAAUCUCAUUAAAGGUAUUCACCUUAACGUUCCCUUACUAGUAAGUAAAGAGGCAUUUCUGGAGCAUGAUUCUUCUGACCUGUUUAAAAUGUCUGCAUUAGGAUGAGAUGAAUUUCAGAAAAUUUAACUACUUGCUGAAAGUUUGAUCGAAGCACCUAAUUCUGGGCAAUGAAAGUCAACAGCCAUCACAGAGUUGUUAGCCUUUGGGAAGGCUAUUAUUAAUCUGUGAACUAUUAAUAUUUCCUUUUUUGAUGGCCUCUAGGGGCUUAGUCCACUGUAUGAGUUUCUGCGGAAACACACAGCGGCUGACUGCUCCUUCCCAAGAGAAGCAGAAGAGCUCAUGUCACAUGGGAGAAGUGGAAACAGAUGAGGCAAAUAGGUAAACAGGAAGAUGAUCCCUGUCCAUGUGCGGUGAUAAAAAGUAAAGUAAAUAAAACCAUUGAUUUCCAUUUCUCUUUAAACAAAGUUUUUCUACCAGGCUUCUCUACUAUGAUUUGAGAUCAGUUAAAAAUUCAGGUUUCUCAUAAUUUACAGCAGUGUAACUUUGUAUCUUACUCUGAUGUCUCCCCAUUUUGGAAGGAGAUGUUUUCUGCUGAAAGGUCUUUGUGACCCUAUCAACCUGUACUCACUUUAAAGCUUUUAAAUGCACUCAUUAAUGCUCAAGCUUUGGAGGUGGGCUUCCUGAGAGAUUUAAAACCACUUACAGUGAGACUACUUUGAUGAAAGCAAAUUUUUUCAAAUGGUUUUUUUGGCCAUCAACAAUUCAAACCCUCUUGAAAGCCUUUGUGGAGAAAUACCACACAUCAGCAGGCUGUGGUGGGAGUUUGAUCAGGCAGUGUCAUAAAGCACACUCAUCAUGGUACGUAGACCACUUGUUUUCCUAUUAAGUAGCCAAGAGAAGACGACUGCUUAAUUGCUGCCAGUUCUUCAGUAGCACCAGUAUUAAUGUGCCACUUGCAUCCAAAGGUGACAGAAGCAAAUCUGGCACACAGACUGCAGGAGCCGUUCAGUGGCACUGCUGCUCUGACAUAACCUUGCACUGUAACAGCUGAUCAGGUACUGUAUAGCAAUGGCUGUAGCAUUCCCAAGUGCAGCACAUCCUUUGGCUCCCUAUCAGAGGCUAUGCCAAGAGCAUUUUUACUCCACCUAUUUCCUGUUCUGCCGUGCUCAAUUUGAAGGAUAAUGUAUCAGCAACAAAAAGGGGAACUGCGGCCCCAAGUCACAUCAAAUGGACUUGCGCAAAUUCCUCCCAUGUGGCCAGCAGGUAUCUUCUCAAGACUUUCACCACCCUGAGCAGCCUUCUUGGAGUGGUCCCUGCUUUGAGCAGGAUGUCAGACUUGAUCCCCUGCAGACAUCCUUUCCAAUUUACAUUAUUCUGUGGGUUUGUGUGGAGAUUUUGGUGACGACCGGUCACCACAGGCAGGAGCUCUCUGUUAGCAGGGAUAGUUUCAGGAUGAAGCAUGUUUAUCCUCAGCUAUUUCUGCAUGAGUUCAGUGCAGGACAAAGCUAUGAAGUAUUAAUGUUCCCUCAGCAUAAAACCAACACUACAAACUCCUCUUACUGUACACAUUAUCUCUGCCACACAACUCUUAAAAUGGAGAAAAUCAGGCAUUUGUGACUAUAACUUUAGAUAAUCUGCCUCUGUUCUUCCUGGUUUACAACACUCACCCUCAUGUAUAAUAUCUAAGAAUCAAAGUUUCACAGGCAACCAAAGAGUUGCACAAACAGCUGAAUUUACAGAGGCAGCUUGGGACAAGUCUAUAUGGAAAUGAAUUAUAAAGAAGCUUGAUCAAAUUGGGUAACUUUGAAGGGGUCUCAAGUAUAUGGCCAAUUUUCUUGGCUCAUUAGAGACUUCUUUGGUGCAGCUAUAGCUUUCGAGAAUACUUGAGCACUACGUGAUGCUCAGCAGUGGAAAGAAGCAUUAUAUCCACUGUACUAUUCACCUCUCUCCUUGGCUUCCCAUAACCUAACUUAGUAAAACCAAACACAAUAAAGAAAGAUUAAUGAGUCAUAGGGUAACUAAAUAUUGUUUUUCAAAGUUGGAAAGUGCUGCCCAGAAUACAAAUUUAAUAUCCUCAGAAAUGUAUCAAACAUGACAUGUCCCACACGCUUUCCAAUCCAAAGGCUCCUUGCUCUGGAGAAGCCUGGAGAGCAGGCUGUUACUUGAACAUCCUAACUCAAUCCCUUCCGUGUGAGUGGAAACUCCACUGAAAGGACUGACAUUUUUAUAGCAGACUUAAGAGUUCAUGGUUGGCUUCAGUAGCCAGGAAUGCACUAAGAAGAUAAGGGACUGGGAAAGAGGGAGUGUAUGACCAGGUGUGCUCCAUGGUCAUCACUGGAGGUGUGAAGGGAGUACACGCUUGUGCAGCCAUGGUGUUCACUAGAACUUUUUACACUCACAUAUCAACUAAUCAUCAAGACCUGUUUUAGGAGCAGCUUGGAGCGCCGCAAUGCUUGAUCUGGUGCUUUCUACACACACAGCCUGGCUGAGUGUGCCAUUAGAUAUGUUAGGGCUAAUGGUGUCCAUUGUGAUGGAGGGAGUAGGCUGUAGAUGAAUUUGGGAACUGCACUUGCAAAACUACCCUCUGCCUUACUGCAGGACUGAUGAGUUCAGCUUUGGGACAACCAUUCGAAGACACUAUAAGCACAUCCAGUGUGUGCUCCUCAAAGAAAACUGCAGCCUAAACAGAAACUGCACAACUGAAAGAUUAUAUAUAGAGAGAAAGAGAGAGAGAGACAGAGAGUGGGUGAGGAGAUCACAACAAAGCAACUCACUUCAUGCAUAGGUAAGAAAUUGCAGCGUGCAGAAGAUGGAAUUGGCAGGAACCUUCAGAGGGACUCCUGACUAUGAAAUCACAUUUAUAACAGGAACUAGGAAUGAACAAGUGUCUUUCCCUGAAAGUGACAAAGAGGUCAGGUCACCAUGAAAAGGAGCCUGAUAGAGUUGGCCUCAUCUUGCAGUGGGGUGAGAGAUUAUGAGAGACUUUAGAUCUGUGAAUAAAAAGCUACUCAACCUGGAGGCUUCAUUGCAGUCACUGAAACAGAGCUUCUUCCUAAUGGCACCUUUGGGAGUAGCUUUCUGCAAGCUACAGAAUGCCUGGAUGGGCACUGAGUCUAUACAGCAGAGAGAAAUCACUUUCUGUCUCUAGCAUAGACAACUGCAUGUUGUGCACCAGCACAAAGCACAGCCUUUGGUCCAUACUGACUGCCUGCUCAUAGGAAGCUCCAGAAUGGCCGGGAUCCUGUUACCUGUUCAGCCCUAGGCUUUCCCAGCAGCUUGCCUGGGUGUGCCUUACAUUCUUGCUAUGCUGAUGCUGCACUUUUCUGCCAGGGAGAUGAGGCCUGUGAGAGUCCUAUCAAGACAACACCUCCACUUGCACCUGGGCCAUGCUUGCAAACUUGGUGCCCGUAAAGAUAAUGAAUCUAAUUUGCAGGCCAUGUCUCUCAUGCACAGUAGACAUAACCACUGCAUCCUCCAGAGUCAGCUACUCUUCCAUUAUAGCAAAUGAGAACAUUUGCAGCUAUUUAUGAACAGUUUUU